ACACCGGCCGUUCUUCCUAUAUACCGAACUACUGCUCUCCAACGCUCAGGCUAUCAACAACAAAGGCGACAAAAGAAGAGAGAAACAGCUGAUCAACAGCAGCAUGGGUGAGACAGACAGUCGAUGUAGCCACAUGUACAGGAGAAUAAUGCAGGAUCAAUGGUACCGGCAAAAUGUCCUCAAAUCAAUGGCUGUCUACGGUAUUUUUGCUGUGAUUGGAGGUAUCAAAGGUCAGAUAGGCCCAGCAUUCCUCGAUCUUCAGAGUAUAUCAGGAGUCGGUUUGGACGAAGGGUCAUGGAUUGUUACAAGUCUAUACAUAGGCUACACACUUGGAGCACUGGCCAACGGCUUUCUUUAUCAUCGAUGUAAUAGUGACCUCCUGUUCGCGGUCAGUGCACUGUGUUUGGCGGCCAUUGUAGUCGCUAUCCCAUGGUGUACUGUGUACAGCCUUAUGGUCGCCUGCCAUGCCAGUAUGGGCCUAGUUGUUGGACUCAUAGAUGCAG